UAAAGAAUUUUGUGGUAGUGGCAGCAUUCAGAGAUGUGUACCAAAAAAACCAAAUGGAUCACCAUGUGAUACAAAAGAGGAAUGCUUGUCUUCAAUAUGCGAGAAUAAUUUCUGUUUACCAAGAUGUGAUUCUGAUGGCGAUUGUCCUUCGGUUCAGUACUGUAGCAGUGAGAGGUGUACCAAUAAAGUCCCAUCUGGAAGUGGAUGUACGGAAGACAAGGCAUGUUUAAAUGGACCAUGUAUCAAUGACAUCUGUCGCACCGAAUGUCAGUUCGAUAAUCAGUGUGACGUUGAAUCAUUUUGCAACCCUCAAAGCUUUUGCGAAGAAAAGAGAGAUCCUGGAGAGGCAUGCGAAAACAAUAAGGAAUGUAAAGGCGUGUGUGCCGAGACAGGGUGCAGUAACGGGUGUACAACGAACAAAGACUGUUUGGAAGAUCAGUUCUGUGUUAUCGAAGAGCGAACGUGUCGACUGAAAAAGAAAUCCGGGGAACGGUGCGGUGAAAGCGACGAAUGUAUCAGUAAAUCCUGUGUAUUUGGAAUAUGUGCAUGUUCUAAAGACAUAGAUUGCGG